UCGGCGGCUGUAGAACUUCAAAGACAUCGCGCUAGUGGGUGAUCCAAAAAUAUACGUAUAUAUUUAUAUAUACGCAUCGUUAAAAAGCAAAAGACCAGCGGAAAGAAAUGAAAAGUUAAAAAUCGAAUAUUCAAUAAAUGAAUGCAAUGCAUUUCUGUUGGAUUUUGCUGACUUUUCAUUGCCUUAACAAAGUGCAGGCACAGUUUUAUGGAGGCAGUACUUAUGGCUCAUCCAGUGGCCAAUCCAUUCGCCUCGGCCUUAUCACAGACGACGCCACCGACAGAAUCCGGCAGACUUUCGAGCACGCCAUAUCGGUGGUAAACAAUGAGCUGGGUAUUCCUUUGGCCGGAGAAACGGAGCAGGUGGCCUUUGGCAAUUCCGUCCAGGCCUUUGCCCAACUUUGUAGGCUGAUGCAGGGCGGCGUGGGUGCCGUCUUUGGGCCGGCUGCCAAGCAGACAGCCUCCCACCUGCUGAACGCCUGCGACUCCAAGGACAUUCCCUUCAUAUACCCGCAUCUCUCGUGGAGUGGCCAGGUGGAUGGCUUCAAUCUGCACCCAAGUCCGGAGGAUAUAGCCCAUGCUCUGUACGACAUUGUCAACCAGUUUGAGUGGUCACGCUUUAUAUUUUGCUACGAAUCCGCUGAGUACCUGAAUAUUUUGGACCACCUGAUGACCCUGUAUGGCACCAAAGGUCCUGUCAUCAAAGUAAUGCGCUAUGACCUCAAUCUGAAUGGCAACUACAAGUCGGUUCUUCGACGCAUCAGAAAAUCGGAGGACAGUCGCAUUGUGGUGGUGGGUUCCACAGAGGGCGUGGCCGAGCUACUGCGUCAAGCCCAACAGGUGGGCAUCAUGAACGAGGAUUACACCUAUGUUGUAGGUAACCUGGAUCUGCACACCUUCGAACUGGAGGAGUACAAAUACAGCGAAGCGAACAUCACGGGCAUAAGGAUGUUCUCACCCGAUCAGGAGGCAGUGCGAGACCUGGAUGAAAAGUUGCACCAGGAACUCGGAGAAAGUGGACCCACUAAUACCGGCUCCUCAUCCGUCACCAUGUCCAUGGCCCUCACCUAUGAUGCAGUUCGAGUCAUUGCGGAGACAACAAAGCAUCUGCCCUAUCAACCUCAGAUGCUCAACUGUUCCGAGCGGCAUGACAAUGUUCAACCUGAUGGCUCUACCUUCAGAAACUACAUGAGAUCGCUGGAGAUCAAGGAAAAAACGAUUACUGGUCGCAUCUAUUUUGAGGGUAAUGUGCGCAAGGGUUUCACAUUCGAUGUCAUCGAGCUACAAUCAAGUGGCUUGGUCAAGAUCGGCACCUGGGAGGAAGGUAAGGACUUUGAGUUCCAGCGGCCUCCUGAAGUUAUUAACUUUAAUGACAUCAAUGACGGAUCUCUGGUCAACAAAACCUUCACGGUUCUAAUAUCAAUUGCGACCAAACCGUAUGCCAGUCUCGUGGAGAGUAUUGACACACUCUUAGGCAACAAUCAGUACCAGGGUUAUGGAGUCGAUCUGAUCAAAGAGUUGGCCGACAAGCUUGGCUUUAAGUUCAUCUUUCGUGAUGGGGGUAGUGACUAUGGCUCCUUCAAUAAAACCACUAAUACCACCACAGGAAUGCUCAAGGAAAUUGUAGAAGGGCGAGCUGAUUUGGCCAUCACUGAUCUUACCAUAACAGCGGAACGAGAAGAAGUCAUUGAUUUUUCCAUACCCUUUAUGAAUCUGGGCAUAGCUAUAUUAUAUGUAAAACCUCAAAAGGCACCGCCCGCCCUUUUCUCGUUCAUGGACCCAUUUUCAUCGGAGGUCUGGCUCUACUUGGGUAUAGCCUAUGUGGGUGUUUCGCUCUGCUUCUUUAUUAUAGGCCGCCUUUCGCCCAUUGAGUGGGAUAAUCCCUAUCCGUGCAUUGAAGAACCAGAAAAAUUGGAAAACCAGUUUACCAUCAACAAUUCCCUGUGGUUUACCACGGGAGCUUUACUGCAGCAAGGCUCAGAAAUUGCUCCCAAAGCCCUUAGUACUCGUACAAUUUCGGCCAUUUGGUGGUUUUUCACUUUAAUUAUGGUAUCUUCUUACACUGCCAACUUGGCUGCCUUCUUGACCAUAGAGAAUCCCACAAGUCCCAUCAACAGCGUUGAAGACUUGGCCGAUAAUAAAGGCGAAGUUCAGUAUGGAGCUAAGCGUACAGGAUCCACCAGGAAUUUCUUUCUGACUUCAGAGGACCCCACCUAUAUGAAAAUGAACGAGUACAUGACUAGUCAUCCAGAGAUGCUGAUGGAGAGCAAUCAGGACGGCGUGGAUAAGGUGAAGGCAGGCACCAAAUACGCUUUUCUCAUGGAAUCGACCUCGAUUGAGUUUAAUACGGUUAGGGAAUGCAAUCUGACAAAAGUGGGAGACGCCCUGGAUGAGAAGGGAUAUGGCAUAGCCAUGGUGAAAAAUUGGCCAUAUCGUGAUAAGUUCAACAACGCCCUGCUGGAGCUGCAGGAACAGGGCGUAUUGGCCAGGUUGAAGAACAAAUGGUGGAACGAAGUUGGCGCCGGUGUUUGCAGUGCUAAAUCCGGUAAUGAUGGACCUUCUGAGUUGGGUGUGGCCAAUCUGAGUGGUAUUUACGCUGUCCUGGCCAUCGGAUCCUGCAUUUCCAUGAUUGUCUCCAUACUAUAUUGGUGUUACUUUGUUUACAAGAAAGCUAAACUAUAUGCGGUUCCCUUUUCCGGCGCCCUGGCUGAGGAAUUCAAAAUUGUCAUCCGCUUCUCGGAAAAUGAACGAGUCCUUAAAAGCGCUCAGUCGAUAUACUCCCGCAGUCGGAAUUCAUCGCAGUCCAUUGAGUCCCUAAAAACGGAUUCCGAGGAGAACAGUCCAGCUGAGGAUUAACAUUGAGAUACUUCUU